AUGGCUAAGCAAAAUUCUCCAUCAUUAAUUGAAGUUGUAAAACAAGUAGCAGAACAGCAACAUUCACAAGCAUCCGAAAUAGAAAAAAGCAAAAUAGUUCUUUCUCAGUUACAGGCUGAGCUUCAAGAACUUGAAAAACAAAUGGACUCUGCUUUAUUAGAAACAAAGGCAACAGAAAGGCAAAUUUAUCAGCAAGAUGAUGACAUAGAAACUACAAAAUAUCACUGUGAAAGUCUGGAGUCCCAAGUCAGAUCCCUAUAUGCUGAAAAGAUAAAGCUGAAACUUGACACGGAAGCAGCACAAGAAGAAUUUGAGAUGAUGCUCGCAAGAAAUGGUGCAUAUCAUGAGAAAAUAAUGGCUCAUAAAGAGCGUUAUUGGGAAGCAGAAAGCAAAAUGCCAGUUAUGCUCGAACUUGCUAAAAAACAAGACAUGGUUCAAGAGCUAAAGACAAAGAAAGAAGAAUUAAUGAAUGACCUCCAGAAUCCUGAAGGACAAGUUAUAAAACAAGUGCAGGAAGAAAUUACACAUUUAAUAGAGGAAGUUACUAUGGUAAAAGAGUCUAUCAAUGAAAAGAAAAAAUUGCUUGAAGAAGAGAAAAAAGUGCAUGCUAAACUUAGAAAAGAGAUUGAGGUACAGAAUAAAAGAAGUGAUGCUAUUCUAAAACGUUUGCAUUGUCAACUGAACAAACUCCAGUCGAACAGAAGACAGUGGCACUGGAACAUUCAACAGAUGGAAAAAAAGGCAGCUGAACUAAGAAAGUGUCUUGGAGUAACAGAGUGAUAUAUAGUACAGUACAAUACAAUGCUCAGCAAUUUAUAACAUAUGUCAUCCUUUAUAUAUAACAGGUGGUUGUUGGAAAUAAUCCCUUGAAUCUUGGACUAAGGAUGAGUGAUUUUUUCCCCCUCUGCUCUGUGCCCUAGAAUACUUUGUGUCCUGUGCCAACUUUAAUGGCCUAAAGCAAUGUUCUCUUUUGUUCCUGGGGCCAGUGACUUCUCAGGAAGGAAUUUAUUACAAUUCCCAGACUGCCUUCAAAAGCAUCUACCAACAUUUGCAAAUCCCUUAAGACCAUAUAAAUUUGGAAAGUUCCUUUUCGUUUGGUUGGUAUUUUUUUUUUUUUUUUAGAUCAAGUUCUGCAUUGUUUUUCACUCUGGGAAAUUCAUAUGAGGUGGAUAAUUGCAUUUAAUGAGCUACAAAAGCUUCAGAUCUUUCAUGCACAGCUCUAAUCAGUGCAGUGUACUAAGUAACUCUGAGCUCUCUGGUAGUAUUUUGCCACGUGGAAGAGUCAGCUGUACAAAAUACUAUAGCAUUCCUGCUCUCCUUGUGCCAGGAUUCCCCUCGCCCUAGCACAAGAGAAAGAAGACAUACUUAGUCUGUCCUGCUUGCUUACCAUGAAAGGGCCCGGGACAAUCACAGUUUAAGGAUUGCUCCUCCUAAAACACAAUCGCUCCCAGAGCUCCCGGUAAGGCUGUGCAGGACUACACUACCCCUUAUUCAGAGCUGUCGCUAAGUGCCACAGUCUAACUCUAUGGAGGCUAAAGCAUGGGUAAAAUUAAUUCUAGUAAAUAAAGAUCACUUAAUAGAGACCAGUUUUGUUUGAAACACGCAGAUGUAUGUUUUCUGCGGUUGGGUGAUGCAAGGAAUGUAAAGAGUAAAAUGGCAGUUUAGAAUAACAUGAUGCUGCAAAUUCCUCCAUCCUUCUGAACCAGUUCCUAUGUUAGGGCCUGAGACUAUUCCUAUUGGUACCAAUGAGAAAACUCUUCCUGAAUUCAGAUGGACUAGGAUCAGACCCUUGUGGCGUGCUGUUGAUGUAUGUCACAAUGAAAGAAGAGGGAGACAACAUUGUAUGAUGGCCUUUUCCCUGGCAAACAAACAAACAAACAAACAAACAAAGAAACCCAAACAUUAUUUAAACUGUAAUUUUUUAAAAGUCAGCUUUGUGCAGACGUUUUUUACUGCUCUGGACAACAGAAAAUGUGGAAUUUCAGCACAACAUUAUCAAGUUUUCUCAGUUCAUUUUUUUCUUGGCUGAGGUUUUGUUUUUACAGAACUGAUCACUUGUUCGUCUCGUACUUCAAUUAACUUUCUGGACUCAAAGUCAAAGCUUCAGAGGAGCAUCGCAAUUAUAAGACUUAAGUCAUGCAUUUCCCCAGGACUUUUGGAAAAGAAAAAUGAACACCAAAUCACCAUUUAUUUAAAACUUCAUGUCAGAACCUUAGUGAAUAACCAG